AUGUUAAAACAACUAAGACUUGGACUUGUAAUAUUUGUUUUAAUAACUUAUUCUAUAGUCACAGUAUUCGGACAUUCUCAUUCUAAUGAACCCCCAGCAUUGAAAUAUAGUAAAGGUGCAAACUUAAAAACUGCAAAUCAAAAGACUGAUAAUUAUGAUUUAUAUGUGAAGGCACUCGGUUCAACAGUUUUCAUCAGUAUAGUACCAUUUUUAAUAUUGUUCUUCAUUCCAAUUGAUGGAACAGUAGAGAAGCAGCCAUUACUCAAGGUACUGUUAUCCUUUGCAUCUGGAGGACUCCUUGGUGACGCAUUCCUCCAUCUUAUACCUCAUGCUCUUAUUUCAAGCACAAGUAAUGGAGGACAUAGCCACAGCCAUUCACAUGGUGGAAGUCAUUCACAUGAUGAAGAACACGGACCUCACGAUAUUACUGUUGGACUUGGUGUUCUAGGUGGUAUAAUUACUUUCCUUGUUGUGGAAAAAACUAUGAGACUGUUUAGUGGAAGCCAUGGCCAUUCACAUGGAACAGAUAAGAAGAAAGAUGAUAAAAGUAAGAAAGCUUCUAAACCUAAAAAAGAUGACAUUAAAAUUGCUGGCUAUCUCAACCUUGCUGCAGAUUUCAUACAUAACUUUACUGAUGGAUUAGCUAUUGGUGCUUCAUUUAUAGCUGGAGAGAGUAUAGGCUUCAUUACUACUGUGACUAUUUUGUUACAUGAAAUACCUCAUGAAAUUGGUGACUUUGCUAUCCUUGUGCAAUCUGGAUGCACUCGUAGAAAGGCAAUGUUUUUGCAAUUACUUACUGCAUUUGGUGCAUUAUCAGGAACUUUUCUUUCAAUAUAUCUUCAAGGAUUAAGUGAAGGGCUUGUGUCAUCUCUAAUACUUCCCUUUACAGCUGGAGGAUUUAUCUACAUAGCAACAGUAUCAGUUAUACCGGAAUUAUUAGAAGGAUCAAAUAAACUAUCUCAAUCAAUAAAGGAAAUCUUAGCAUUACUGGCUGGUGUAUACAUGAUGGUCAUUAUUGCACAAUAUGAAUAA